AUGGUGGCUUUCUCAACCAUCUCGGGCCUCGGUGCUCUUUCCCUUCUCUUCUCCAUCAUUGAAAGUGUCGAUGGAGUCUCCUUAAAAGUUAGUACAGAUGGGGGCAACUCUUCAAGUCCGUUGUUGUACGGGUUUAUGUUCGAGGACAUCAAUCAUUCCGGUGAUGGGGGUAUCUAUGGCCAGAUGAUACAAAACAACGGGCUCCAGGGGAGCUCACCCAACCUGACCGCAUGGGCCUCAGUUGGCGAUGGCACUAUUUCGGUGGACACUACCAACCCCUUGACUGCUGCCAUUCCAAACAGUCUUAAGCUCGACAUCAAGCCUGACGCCACCGGGGCUGUAGGCUUCACGAAUGAAGGAUACUGGGGCAUUCCGGUGGACGGCACCGAGUUUCAGAAUAGUUUCUGGAUGAAGGGUGAUUUCUCUGGUGAAAUCACGGUCCGUCUGGUUGGAAACGAGACCGGCACGGAGUACGGGUCGACCACUUUCAACCAGUCAUCAAGUUCGGACGACUACACGAAAGUGUCUGUGAAGUUCCCGACUACUAAGGCACCCGAUGGCAAUGUUUUGUAUGAGUUAACGGUGGACGGCGAGUCAGCACAAGGAUCUUCUUUGAGCUUCACGCUGUUUGAGCUUUUCGCGCAAACAUACAAGUCCAGAUCCAACGGACUCAAACCCCAACUGGCUGACGCACUCGAGUCUGUCAAGGGUUCAUUCCUACGGUUUCCCGGUGGUAACAACCUUGAGGGCAAUGAUGUCGAAACGAGGUGGAAGUGGAACGAGACCAUCGGUCCAUUGGAGAACCGCCCCGGACAUCAAGGCACUUGGGGUUACUUCAACACCGACGGAUUAGGCUUGGACGAAUAUCUGUACUGGUGUGAGGAUAUGAAUCUCACUCCAGUUCUGGGUGUGUGGGCCGGGUUCGCCUUGGAGUCUGGUGGCAACACCCCUAUUACAGGAGAUGCAUUGACUCCGUACAUCGAGGAUGUUCUGAACGAACUCGAAUACGUCUUGGGCGACCCCAGUACAACCUACGGCAAGCUUCGCGCCUCCUACGGGCGCGAGGAGCCCUGGAACGUGACCCUGGUCGAGAUCGGAAACGAGGAUAACCUCGGCGGUGGAUGCGAAUCGUACGCGGAGCGCUUUACCGCAUUCUACAAUGCUAUCCACGAUGCCUACCCCGAUCUUACUCUGAUCGCCAGCACCGACAAUGCCUCUUGCUUGCCCAGCCCAUUGCCAGAGGGUGCCUGGGUGGACUACCAUAACUACAACACCCCAGAUGAGCUGGUAAAGCAGUUCGGCAUGUUUGACAAUGUCGACCGGUCAGUGCCUUACUUCAUUGGAGAAUACUCGCGCUGGGAGAUCCCUUGGCCCAACAUGCAGGGCUCUGUAGCGGAGGCGGUCUUCAUGAUCGGCCUGGAGAGAAACAGUGAUGUGGUCAAGAUGGCUGCGUAUGCACCGUUGCUUCAGCUUGUGAAUUCGACUCAGUGGACGCCGGAUCUCAUCUCUUUCACCCAGAACCCCAACAUGGUCAUCGACUCCACAAGUUACUACGUCCAGCAGAUGUUCUCGGUCAACCGCGGCGAUACAAUCAAGGAAGUGACUUCCGACUCGGCGUUUGGCCCGGUAUACUGGGUUGCAUCGAGUUCGGGAAGCUCCUACUAUGUCAAGCUGGCGAACUAUGGCGCAGAUACUCAGGAAGUCUCGGUCUCAAUACCGGGGAUGUCUAGUGGGAAGUUAACUGUGCUGGCAGACUCAGACCCGGAGGCGUACAAUUCCGAUACCCAGACCUUGGUGACGCCGUCUGAGUCGAAUGUGCAGGCCAGCAAUGGGCAGUUUAGCUUCACUUUGCCGGCGUGGUCGGUGGCCGUUCUUACUGCUAAUUGA